UCAUGAUUGCUCAUAUCACCACCUGCUCUCUCUCUCUCUCUUCAUAUAGAUAUACCUUUUGUACGUACAUAUAUGUAGACACAUAGGUCUUGGUAUUUUCUCUGUAACACCAAACUUUGAAUAAAAACUCAGUGAAAAAACCAAAAUCCAAUAAGCAUCACUCUAUUUUGUCCCUCUGCAAUUUCUCAUCAACCAUUGUUCUAGAGAGAGAAACAGUUUCUAGCAACAGAAACCACCGGAUGGACGACGGUUUAGGCUUGAGUUUGAGUUUAAAAUGCUCGAAAAAUCAUCCAGCACCGCCUCCGCCACCGCAAAUGGCCGCCGGAUCCAACGGUUCGACCCGAUUUCCGUUGAAUCUGUUGCAUUCUCCUCCUUUUUCGUUUGUUCAACGGGAUGUUUCGACUCAUCAGAAGCUUCCGUUCAUUAUCAGUCCUCCUGAUCUCAAUCUAGAAACGAGAAGAUACGCGCGCGGAAUAGACGGAAACCGUCUGCCGUCGACGUUGGCGUUAACGAUGGAACGCGACGACGAAGCAUUGGUUUCGUCGCCGAACAGCACGGUGUCAAGCGUGAGCGGGAAGAGAGUCGAGCGAGAGGAGAACGAAGCGGAGCGAGAAUCGAGCUCGCACGGUAGUGGCGACGAUGAUGAUGAUGGCGGAGAAGCAUCGGCGGCGAGGAAGAAGCUCAGGUUAUCAAAGGAUCAGGCGGCGGUUCUAGAAGAAACUUUCAAGGAGCAUAAUACUCUCAAUCCGAAGCAAAAACUGGCACUAGCGAAACAGCUGGAUCUGAGGCCUAGGCAGGUGGAAGUUUGGUUUCAAAACAGAAGGGCAAGGACGAAGUUGAAGCAAACGGAGGUCGAUUGUGAAUACCUAAAACGUUGUUGUGAUACAUUGACGGAGGAGAACAGACGGCUGCAAAAGGAGGUGAACGAGCUGAGAGCCCUUAAACUUUCUCCACAGUUUUACAUGAACAUGAACCCUCCAACCACUUUGACGAUGUGUCCUCAAUGUGAGCGUGUAGCCGUAUCGUCUUCUUCCUCAUCAUCCUCCUCUGCGGCAACCACAUCUUCCACCCUUGGUUCCACCAAUCUUUCCAAAGGACUCCAUGGCUCGAUGGCCGCCAAUCACCAAAAGCAAAACAACCUGUUCCUACCACGAGCCUCCGUCAUACCCCAACGCCCGCUUGAUACGCACCACCUUGGUGGUAAAAUAGGGUGGUAGAGUUACCCAUUUGCCCUUGAGGAGAAGGGCAAAAUAGGUAGAUGGGAAAUGAGUUUGUUAGAUUAAAGGAGAUUUGAUGUAGGAGUGGAAGGGGGGACAAUGUGAGAAUUUGCUUUCUAUUUGUCUUUGGUGGUGUUGUUUAAGUUUUAUUUUUUUCUUUUUUUAAGGAUGGUUUUAGUUUAUUUAGAUUUUGAUGGGUUGCUUUUAGAAUCUUAAGCUUAGUCAUGAGUCAUGAUGCCUAUAUUGUGUCUUCCCCCAUGCUGGUUGGAUGUGGGACCACACAAUUUGAGGAUAACAUGAUUGGGUGUGUACAUUUGCUAGUAUUAAAAUAUGUUAUGCAUUUCCUCA